AUGUCGGUCUUCUCUCUCAUCAAGCGGAGCCGGCAAGCAGCAAAGGAAGAAACCGCCAAGAAGGCCGAAAAGGACAAGGCAGAAGCCAAGGUCCCAUACAAGCACGUACCCAAGCAUGCCGCUGUCGAUGCUCUCAUGGGCGGGCCCACGGGCUGGAAGGAGGCCGAUCGACUCAGAAUCAUGGAGGAGAACCGAAGGAGGAGUGCCAUGACAGCGAACGGCAUGGGCAUGCCGAGCGGGCUUUCAACUCCAGUCCACGCCGGCGUCUUUACCCGCGCCAACAGCAGUCUCACACACGUCUCAUACAGCACUCCCAGCGGCUACGCCACACCCGUCCCUCACCUUCCCCGAGCAUACAGCUACCACGGCCCGACCCCCGGGUGGAGCCAUCAUGGCGGUGAGAUUAGCUAUCUCUCGAUCGACAUGGCUGGGGCUGCUAGUAGGGGUACAUCGAUAAAGGGCAAAGAGAAGGAAGUUCGGCGCCCCAGGCUCGACUCAGGCCGCACCAGCAGAUCGUCAAGCAGAUUUUCAGCUGCUGGUGGGCGAUUUCCCUUUGAGGGAGGGUCCGGCUCUGCCCCUCGAACCAGAGAUGGCUCAAGCUCCCCCGUCCAAAGCUCCAGCAUCUCCAGCAGCUCGGAAGACGAUUUGGAGAUCAAGCCCGUGAAGCAAUGCACCAGCGCAGUGAUAACCUCAAGUCCGCUCGCGGGGGUAUCGAGUCGGCCGGGAAGCGACACCGACUCAGUCCACCGUCUUCACCCCGGCCAUGCCCGAAACAUGUCAAACUCAACAUACAAACAAGCAGCAGGACGAUCCUCGUCGCCCAGACAAUCACCCUCGAGGAAUAACCCGACCAGGGCAGGAGGAGGUUCAAGCAGCAGCAGCGCUUCGCUGAGCGCCGCAGGCAUCCCGCCCGUCCCGACAAUCCCUCCUAUGCAAUUCGGCGGCAACCUCACUCUUCCCGCCUCCUUGUCUUCCAGCUCCAACAACAGCUCCUCCUCACACAGGAGUUCGCACCCCAUCCCACCACCGGUGGUGGUAGAAGAGGACGCCUCCGAACUCUCAGAAGACUCGGCCGGCACCGGCGCCUCCACUCCUCCCAUUGGCACCGCCGUCUCGGCUCCCACAGCACGCAAGACGAGCCCCAGGAGCUCAAUCAAGACCACUCAGUUCGCCGAGCUAGAGCCGAUCCAGUCAAAUGUAGUAUCCAGCAGCAGCAGCAGCAGCAGCACCGACAACCCCCGCACCAACUCACCAUACAAGACGUAUUCCAGCCAAAAGGAACGAUCGUUUGUCGCUACCACCACUCUACCAACCUCGUUCGACGAAGCGAGCUUGGCGGUUCCCGCGCAACGAUUGGUGACGACGCUGCCUCCGCAACAGGGAAAGUUGGGGAAACGGCCCAAGAAUAAUAAGGAGACGGAAAACAAGGUGCCGAAGAAGAGUCGAUGGAGCUUUAUGAGCUCGAGGAGGACGGCUGUCGCUGUAUAA